CCGGCAUUAUUCGAGUCAAGACAGCUGGGCAAUCUUUGCAGACCUUCGUUCUUUGUAUCAUCAUUACUACUUAGGCUACGAGGCGAGAAUAAGCAUAUCGAAGAUAAUGGCAGACAGUGACUGUAGUGAUUUCAGCAUUACCGAAGCCGAAGGGAUCUAUCUGACCAAAACUCAGUUUGCUUCUGGAGAAUUAAUUUUUGAAGACACAUUUCAAACGUUGGAUUUAAACGUUUGGCUGCGCGAACCAACUAAUCAAGCGCAUGUGAAUGAGUUUCAACUAUUUACUGAUAGUAAUGAUAAUAGUUACGUGCAAGAUGGAAAUCUUCAUAUCACACCUACGUUCUGGAACGACACUGCCGAAACUGAGAACAUGGUACUGUAUAUGAAAGGAAAAAAAUAUUUGAGAGAUACUUUUCAUCCUAUUAGAAGUGCCAGGCUGAGCACGAAAGAAUCAUUUUCAUUCACUUAUGGAGUUGUAGAGUUCCGUGCCAAAGUACCAUUGGGAGAUUGGCUAUUUCCAGCGUUGUGGCUUAUGCCCAAAGAUUCAAAAUAUGGGUCUUGGCCUCUGUCGGGUGAAAUUGAUGUGAUGGAAUCGCGAGGAAAUAGGAAUUUAACGGACUCAAGUGGAAAUAUUGUAGGUGUUCAAUCAGUCUCCAAUACUUUGCAUUGGGGCCCCAGCAAAGCACUGGACACAUGGCGAUUAACAUAUUUCACUGAGGAAAAUCUUUCCUAUUAUAGUUCAGACUUCCACACUUAUAAAUUGAUUUGGGCUCCAGAAAGUCUUAGCUUUUACGUUGAUGACAAAGAAACUGGUAGAAUAUCUCCUCCAGAAGGUGGCUUUUGGGAACUUGGUAAUUUCAGUGACGACGAUGUAUCGAAUCCAUGGGUGGAUGGAACUAACUCAGCUCCUUUCGAUGCUCAAUUCUAUUUGAUAAUGAAUCUGGCAGUGGGAGGGACUUCGUUCUUUUCAGAUUCCUUUACAAACGAAGGAGGAAAACCUUGGAGCAACUCGUCGCCUAAUGCGACAAUAGAAUUUUGGGAAGGACGAAACCAAUGGAUGCCUACAUGGAAUUUGCCCUCAGAUGGCUCGCAUUUCCUCAUUGACUAUGUCCGAGUUUGGGCUUUGUAAAUUAAUACAGUUUAUUCGUUUAA